UCCGGAGUAUCCGGUGUUUGUGGAGUUACGGCAGAUGAUCCACGUGCAGAUCCAGGUGAACUCCAGUGACACCGACCUGCAGGUGUUCCCUCACACCUGUGUGGCCACGCCUAGCAACGACCCUGACGACAAGACCUGGAAUGAAGUCAUCAUCGACGGUUGCGCCAAACUCCCGACGCUGCAGUUUUACCCGUCACCCGGCCCGGACAGGGGGCGCUUCGGCUUCCAGGCGUUCGCCUACACCAGCGGUGUUGACAUGGUGUACCUACACUGUAAUGUGCUGCUGUGUAAGGCCUCGGACCCGAACUCCCGCUGCGCGCAGGGCUGCCAGCCGCCCUCGGGCAGGAGGCGGAGGGAGGCCGAGGGCGAACCCGAGGUGUACCGGCUGAUUCAGGGCCCCAUCGUGGUUGGCCAGGACCAGAACGGUGAGCAUGCCCGUGAGACCGGCGGCACGACCACAACCGGCGGGCGCCAGGUCACAGCUGCCGGGGCCGUGGUUGGAGCGUGUGCCGUGCUGGCCAUCGCCAUGUCUGUGGGUCUCCUGUACAAGGCGCGGCGGCACGACAGCCAGGCCGGCUAUAGUGUGCUGCAGAACAUAGACUAA